CGAAGAAUAAGAACCUGGAGUGCCAUCUUGGAUGGAAGAAGACUGUUUACACGUCAGUCGGUUUUCGGUUUUGCACGGUUCGAUCUACGGGGAAAAAAGAGGAUUUUUUCUCGAGGAAGCUUCGGUUUUUUUGGGUGGCUGCGGAAAAUUGCCGUGUCCGGAUUUUGCGGAGUUGUGAGUGCGCGAGAGGUCGAUUUGAUUAGGAGGCAGGAUGAAUAUCUUCCGACUGGCCGGUGAUUUGUCACAUCUUUUGGCGAUUAUUCUGCUGCUGAUAAAAAUAUGGAAGACGAGGUCGUGCGCCGGAAUCUCCGGCAAGUCGCAGAUUCUGUUUGCGGUCGUGUACAUUUCCCGCUAUCUGGACCUGGUGACGACGUUCGUGAGCGUGUACAACACGGUUAUGAAGCUGGUCUUUAUCGUGUCGUCGGUGGCCACUUUGUACAUGAUGUACGUCAAGUUUAAGGCCACGUACGACCACAACCACGACUCGUUCCGCAUCGAGUUCCUGCUGGUUCCGUGCUUCGUGCUGGCGCUGCUGAUCCACGCCGCGUUCACCCCGCUGGAGAUUUUGUGGACGUUCUCGAUCUAUCUGGAGGCGGUGGCCAUCUUGCCGCAGCUGUUCCUGGUCAGCAAAACGGGCGAGGCGGAAAGUAUCACCAGCCACUACCUGUUUGCCCUCGGAUCGUACCGUGCGCUGUACCUGCUCAACUGGAUCUACCGAUACUACGCCGAGGGACACUACGACCUGAUUGCGAUCUUCGCCGGGGCCAUCCAGACGAUCCUGUACUGCGACUUCUUCUACCUCUACAUCACCAAGGUGCUCAAGGGGAAGAAGCUGCAGCUUCCGGCGUAAGGCGCUCCUGCCAGCUGACCGGGACGGACGGAGGUAGGAAGAAGACUUUUCUCUUACACACAAAUUUGUUUAAGUAAUAUUCUCCAAAAAAAAAAAACAAUAAAAAUAAUAAUGAUACAAAUCAACACACACAUUCACGAGAACGAAGGCAUUAAAAUUAGAAGAGAGUUGGGGGCAAAACAAUAAUGGCAAGACCAGUUGUAAAACACGAAUAUAAUACACAACAGCUACAUAAGUUUAAUAAAACGGAUUCCGACAGCAAACAACCCUGUCAUUUGUAGUCUAACCGAAGGAACUCUGGAAAUCCUUCCGAUGACUGUGGGUUUAGAGAGUAUUACAUGGUCAAGAAACACUUUUUGAUAGCAAACCCCACAAUCAAUAAGCAGCAGCGCAAGAAGUCCCAACUGUCGAGCAAAAGCUUUCCGGGUUAGUCCUCGCGCAACGUAACAUCCCUGGGUCGCAAUCUUAGUUGAUUAUUGUAUGCUAAAUAAAACUGAAAGCGUAGUUUUACCGUUCGUAGCGAAUGUUUGUGGUCUGAACUGGCCACGCGACAGGCGGGGUUCCCUUAAAUUAAAAUCAAAGUACUAUUAAUAAGAACAGACUAUCCUUUCCGAUUUUUUUAUUUGUAAACUGUGCAAAUUGGAUUUCCGUUUAAUGUUUCUAGUAGAGAGAAAGAGGGAUCGUACUCUGAGGAAUAUAUAAUACAUUUAAGGUGACAAGAUUCAUCAGCGCGAAGAGACAAGUUUGCUAUUCUUUACUUUUAUCUACUAUUUUUUUAGAAUUCUGCGACAAACCGCACGAGAAAAAGUAUCGUUUCCCGGUGGAUUCGGGAACCAAUCUAAUUCUUCUAUUUCAUAAACAUUAAUAUUUUACUGCUACUGUAAUUGAUAAAGAAAAACAAUCCCAAGUAAGGAUUCAUGAGGUAAAAUUAAUAAAGUAUGGAAAAUCAACCAAAAAAAUAAAAAAA